AUGGCCGACGAGAAGUACGACUAUGCUGCCGAGCGUCGUGAAGACGUCCCCGACCAGGAUGCUGCCGAACAUAUGAGCAUCACUACAUACCUCGCAACACGUCUCUCAACUCUAAAGCCUCCCAUGACAAGACUCGAGAAUCCGAUCAAGCUCCUAAGAUUACUAAACCGAAAACAAUGGCUAUUCUUUUCUUGCGCCUUCAUCGCAUGGAGCUGGGAUGCCUUCGACUUCUUUACUGUCUCCCUUACGGUGGCAAAUCUCGCGGAUACAUUUGGCAAGACGAACGCAGACAUUACCUGGGGUAUCACCCUUGUUUUGAUGUUUCGCUCUCUGGGUGCUGUGAUAUUUGGCCUAUUGUCGGACCGGUUCGGAAGGAAAUGGCCGUUCGUCGUUAACAAUCUUCUCUUUAUGGCCCUCGAGCUUGGGACGGGCUUUUGCAACACAUACAGACAGUUUCUGGCAUGCCGUGCCUUGUUUGGUGUCGCUAUGGGUGGCCUAUAUGGCAACAUCGCCGCAAUGGCACUUGAAGACUGCCCUCCUAGAGCACGAGGCAUCAUCUCCGGCAUCCUCCAACAAGGAUACGCCUUUGGCUACCUGCUGGCGACUGUGUUCUCACGGGCGUUGGUGAAUACUACCCCUCACGCAUGGCGCCCACUGUACUGGUUUGGAGGAGCCGUGCCAAUCCUCAUUAUUGCCUUUCGUCUGUGCCUUGGCGAGACGGAUGCAUACAUCGAGCGCCAACGCCUGCGAGAGGUAUACCCUAACGCAGGCAAGGAUUUCGUCAAAGAAGGGCGGGUUGCACUGCAGACUCAUUGGUUACUGCUUGUCUAUCUAGUGCUACUUAUGGCUGGCUUUAACUUCAUGUCACAUGGGACGCAGGACCUGUAUCCAACAAUGCUGGUGAACGAGUACAACUUUUCUCCGAACGCCGUUACAGUCACUCAAGUCGUCGCCAACCUAGGCGCAAUUGCCGGCGGAACAACCAUCGGCUAUCUUUCUCAGUCUUUGGGACGCCGUUUCAGUAUUAUUGUCAUUGCAAUCAUCGGAGGCGCCUUACUUUAUCCGUAUUCCUUUACUUCUAGCAAGGCCGCUAUCGCUGCAGCCUUCUUUGAACAGUUCUGUGUUCAAGGUGCUUGGGGAGUGAUCCCUAUUCAUCUGAUGGAACUUAGCCCGGGCAGUCUACGAGUCUUUGUCGUGGGCACAUCGUUUCAACUGGGCAAUCUGGUCUCAUCUGCAAGCUCGACGAUCGAGGCGACUAUCGGCGAACGAUUUCCAUUACCUUCGAAGCAUCAGAACGGAGAGAUUAUCUCAAGAUAUCAGUAUGGCAAGGUGAUUUGCAUAUUCGUUGGUUGUGUCUUCGCCUACGUAAUUCUCAUGACCUUCUUGGGCCCAGAGCGCAGAGGACGGUCCAUGGACGUCAACGCCGAGACGAAGUGA